AUGAAGUCUAAGCAUAUGCGUAAGUCUCCAACACCUAAUGUGGUACGAAAGCCUCAGGUUACUCGUCAAGGUGUCUUAAUUCCUGAAAUACCAGAACCUAUUUCUCCAUCAUCAAAUAAACGAAGUGAUGAAGAUAUAGCUAAACAUCUUUCACAGAAGAAGAAGAAGAAGAAGAAGAAGAAGAAGAAGAAGACAAGAAAGCUUUUGAUCUUCACUGAAUCUACAGAAGAUGAGGAUGAACAAAUUCCAGAAACCCCAGAAGCAAAUCUAAACAAAUAUAGUUCAACUCCUAAGAAGACAAUAGUUAUACCACCCGAAGUCUCGGUUGCCAAAUCAGAUUCUAAGGAGAUUCGAAGAAAGAAGCUAAAGGUAAUCUCGAUUCUGUUGUCUUAA